UGAGAUGUUGACGCGUGAUGCCAAUAACUGCAUCGAGAUUUUAGUCAGUUGUUGGGACGUUGUGGUUGCAGCCGAGGCUGAAAACGUGACGUCGUUAUAUAUACAAGGAGCUGUACAAUACUGGAAUCGAGAGUUUGCAAAAAUGGGCAAGUCCUGGUUUCCAUUAGAAAGGGCACAAAAAUGGUUUGCUGGACUGAAGAAACUUCCGGUCAAGUGGGUAAUCAAAAUCAUGGAUUCUAUGCAAGCCAAGGGGUGUAAUCCACUCUUGCGGACAUAUUUUGCUGCAAGAUUCCUUGACUGUAUUAUGCAGCACUACUCACGUCUAGCCUCGCAAGCCAGGCUCUUCCGCGCAGUCGCUGAGCUAACCGCACGUGAAUCACACGAGGAGGAGGAGCUUUUACCGGAAUUGCUCCAGCGCGAGAAGAGCCUGGUCGCUUUCGAGAACGUCAUAGUGACGUGGGACCCCCGAUCCGGUUUCAUAGCUUGCAUAAGGCUAAUUCUAUUUCCUAAAGAGCUCGUUACUGUAAUUGCGCUGAUACACUAAGCAGAGAGGUAGCCCUCCGCGGAGAGCGCGUGAACACAAAAUCCAGUGAAGCCGUUGAUGGACAAAGUGCUGGUGAAUAAUGAGCGUAGGAAUGGCCUACAUGGGACUGGUCCGCUGAACCUACACUCUCCAGUAACGUUUCUUUCUACUGAACUCAUCUGCAGGUUUGCGCGAAUUGAAACCGACGUAGAACUAUUCACCACUCUUGCGCGUCUACUCUGACAUCUAUAGUCUGUGGGGGAAAUGGUGUGAGAACUGCCGGCCCAGUUUCACUCAAUGGUUCAUGAAAACAGUGGCCUACAGCUUGUUGACCUCUCCACGUCGUGAUCAGAUUUGCGUGUAUUGCUAACGCAGUCUAUGUGACGGUACUUUCCACUCAGCAAGCAGCACUUUUGUACGAUAUUGGCUCUCCUCACGGUGAACUGGAAACAUGUAGGCAUGGGAAAACAGCAGUGCAGUGGACCUACCAUGUUCAGGAAGUGUAGAGUUGACUCGUAGCUGCACGUGUACUACGUACGACUUGUUUCAGUGCAUGGACUCUGACUGCUACAUAUAUACACUAACCGCGUACAAUGAGUUCAUUUCUCAAACUACCGCGCUUGCAGAUCUAGAUUCGGCGGUGUGCUGUUGACGAAACUGAAUGCUGAAAUGGAGUCGUGACACUGCAGAAUAUUACAUGGAUGAGCUGUCUACAUACGUACUAGAAGCGAACGAUGAUGUCAACUACGUACUCCGUGCAAAACAAGCAAGUGCGUGAAGCGAUGUCGCGUGUUCUCAACUUUCGUACCUACAUGCUUACCUAAUAGAAUUAGCCUUAUCAAGCUAUGAAACCGGAUCGGGGGUCCCACGUCACUAUGACGUUCUCGAAAGCGACCAGGCUCUUCUCGCGCUGGAGCAAUUCCGGUAAAAGCUCCUCCUCCUCGUGUGAUUCACGUGCGGUUAGCUCAGCGACUGCGCGGAAGAGCCUGGCUUGCGAGGCUAACUCACGUCUAUCAAAGCCAACGCUUGAUCUUAUGACGUUUGACUCAGGAUCUGGAAGCAUAUCUACGUUAUGUAUUUUCUGCUGUAGGUAUGACAUUACCAUCCAAAUGCAAUACCGUGUCCACACACGAAGCUACAGACCUACAACUCGCUUCUACAACACAGGGACAAGAAUCAUCAUCAUCAGCAGCAGCAACAGCUGUUGACGACACAACAUUUGGUCUAAUUUCUUACCUAAAUCCCAUAUCUUCUGACACUCAGGAAGCUGACCUCAAGAAUUUCUUCGAACGCUUUCUAGCGAAGAUUGCAGAUGACGCACUUUCAUUGGUUAUUCCUACAGUGACGGUUAGCUGGUUUGCUUCAGUUCUUCAUUUCUCAUCUCAGUUUAUCUGCAGUGCUGUAGAACGACUAGCAGCUAUUUGCGCAGAGAGCUACAUUCGACUGACUCUCGAAGAUGUGAAGAUGUACAAACCUAGUGUGAUGAGUAAAUUGAACAAUUUGGCAAAGAAAAACAAAUAUCAUUGUUGCAAUGCGGUAAGAUCACUGGUUGAUCAAUAUCUCUGUUAUCAAUCAGAACAGGGUUCGAUGAACAGCAGUCAGUUUGCUCAAGUGCUGAACUCGAGCGUUUGGUCUUCACGCACUUCUUUUGAAGUGCCUUUCCAGGCUUUCGAAAAGCUUCUAGAAAGAGAUCUUAAGGCAAAUCCGCAUAAUUGUAAAUGGGUUAUGAUCCAAGAUCACUCUUUGCAUAUGAGUGCAAUACAAGAAAUUGAUUUUACUAUGGUAAGCCAAGAAGCACUGGAAAGAGCUUCAAAGAAUGUGCACAUUCCGGAUCAUGUUGUUAUGAAUGCAGCAGUCAAACUUUGCUCGCGUCUCCGAGAUGAGCUGCAACAAACUAAACGCGACCUUUCGCAAGCGCAACUACAUUUGAGCCAACAGAAGAGGGAGAGCUCGAAUAGGCUAAGCAGACUGGAAAAUGAGCUAAAAAGGAAAGAUACCGUAAUUUCAAAGCAGCAGGAUGCAAUAAUAUCAUAUGAAUCAGAACCAAUGCAUUUGAAAGACCUAAAGAAUGAAGCCAAAAUCAAACGAAACAGGCUAAUGACACUUCCUUACCAAAAGUUACAAGGAACAUGGAUGGUCGCAGGUCCGCUUCCAUCACGUUACCGUGGCUAUGGAUUUCAGCAGUCUUCGCACUCAGACCAGACAUUGACUAUACGAGUAUCUGUGGUUGGUAACGAGCAAGACGCUGCCAAAACACUCGACAUGACGGUUGAAUUUGAAUCACGUUCACUUAGCAAUUCUCGCAAAGUGGGCAAACCCGGAGAGCUUCCACCCACAGCCAAAACAGAAAUUGGAGUAAGACCUGCAUACAUUUUGUCACUAAAUGAUGAGGGCGAUGACUUGGCUGUUGUUCAAUAUUGGAACGCUUGGUAUGAUGAAACUAAAUUAGGACAUCGCGUCAAAAGAUCCAAACCUCCAUUUGUGAUCUACGACCAGUUCACUGAUUCUUUACUCGUGCCGUCAUUAAAUCCAGCGGAGCAACGACUGGUACAAUGGAAGAGACGGCACUGAAUUCCACCCAACGAGGAAGACGAUCACGAAGUUGCAAUUGUGUGACGUAUAAAGCGCGCUAGCUGCUAUACGAGUAGAUCUACCUAAAGACUUACUAACGACAGCGUAUCUUACAAGCCAGUGAUCGCACGUCUGCAUGGUUAUAGAUGUAAGUCGUGGCAUUGUUCAUCAUCUACUUCAUGUUCGGAUUAGCAUUCGUGUGCUUGUUAUUUCUAGUACACACGUUUAGUAAUAAUUGGCUGCCUGUAAAUAAC